AUGAGGGUCAAUUAUUGGAUGGAGCUUUUAUCAGCAUGUAUGGAAAACGAUAUUGUGGAUGCUGCCGAUGCUAUGAACGCAGAUCCAAACAUCGACAUUAGUUUUCAGAACGGAGCAAUUUUUUGAUUUAUUAUAAAGCACAAUAAUCCUGAUUUGCUAAGGAUGCUACUCGAAUAUUAUGAAAAAAAUAAUAUGCAAGGCGAUUCUAACAGUCUUAAAUAUAAAGAAGCGAAAUAUAAGCUGCAGCAGUGAUUGGGGGAGCAAGUUGAUGAUUCCAGGCCUUCAAAAGAAAUUCUAAAAGUGUUGAAAAAAUACAUGCCUCAAGAGGAUUCAAGCACUGAUCAAGAUGCAAGUAGUUUGGAAAAUUCUGUAGAUUUCGAUUCCAAAGAAAUGCAACAAGAACUUGAAGAAAUUCGAACUGCUAAUGCUAUUUUGAGUCAGAGAUUAAUAAAUCGCCCUAUAUAA